CAGCGGUUGCCGGAUCCCCAGAACCCCCUCCACGCCACCGUUUCUGCACCUCCGUUCCGCCGCCAUCGCCCCGGCCCGACGUCUCCUGCACCGUCCUGCCCGCCGCCCUGCCAAGCCGCAGUGCCGCCAAACAAAGACCCCCCCGUCCGCUUGCCCCGCCUGCUCGUGGCCGGACCCCCCGCCAUGACCGAGCACGCCCACAAAGACGCCGCCCGCCCGCAGAGGCACCGGUCGCUUUCCAUCUCCAACGCGGUGCUCGAGCACCUGAGGCUCGCGGGAAAACACGUGGCCUUCAACAAGAAGGGCGACGUCAUCGUGGGCCUCCUGACCAUGUCGCCGGCGUCGCCGGCGUCGCCCUGCUCCAUCUCCGACUGCGACGAGGAGGACGGCGCGGCCGGCGCCGCCGCGCACGGGCCCAGCCUCGCGCACAGGCUCACGGCCGUGGCCGGCGCCGACGAGCGGGACCUCGCGGCAAGGAAAAUCUCCAUGCCCAACUUGACCCGCUUCUGCUCGCACCCGCACCCGGGCACGUUCUCGGCCAGCCCCAUGCGGCUCAGCGCGCUGUUCUACUCGCACCAGAGCUCGCACGCCAACCUCCCGGAGUUCAACAAGCGGCCGCUCACCGACACGCCCAUCGUGUCGAGCGUGACCUCCCCGGAAACGAGGUGCCAGUCCAGCGACGACGAGGACGACACGCUCUUCUCGCUGUUCAAGACCCCGGGCGACAGGAUGCCGCAGCCCAGGGCGCCCGGCGCCGCGCCGCCCGCGGACGCGCUCCGCAAGACGAAGAACAUCUCGCACUUGAGCUUGACCGACCUCAACGCCUGCUCGCCCGCCGCCGCGGGCGCGCCCCCGGUGCCUGCGAGCAGGUCUGUUCUGCCCAGGAACACCGACGUCGGGACGCCCCUCUCGCCCUCCACGGCCAUCGACACGUCGGGUCUCCAGGCGUCCGAGGACGUGGCCACGGUCAGAGCACAGCCCAUGCCCGAGCCCCCCGGCGCGCCCGAGCCCCCCAGCAUGCCCGGCAGGGCGACGUCCGACAAACACGUCCCCGUAGUGCGGCCCCUGGCGGUGAAGGCAAAGUCCUCGGUCAGCUCGGCCGAGCUGACCCGGCGCGAAUCGUCCCGACUCGACCCCGACGUGUUCUACCAGCUCACGGAGGACCUCAUCCAAGACGCGCCGCCGGACCUCCAGAACCAGUUCGGGAAGACCCCGUCUUUCGAGAAGUUGAAGAACUUGCUCUUGCUGAAGCCUUUCCCCAAGGCGAAGAAGGCGUACACGCUCAACAUCCCGGGCCAAACCUCCUCCAAGAUCUCGCCGGACGGGAAGAUCGCUUCGGUCGAUGUCGGCUCGAAGUUGGUCAUUGUCAUGGUGGGCCUUCCUGCGCGGGGCAAGUCUUACAUCACGAACAAGCUCACAAGAUACUUGAACUGGAUUCAACAUGAUUGCCGAGUCUUCAACGUGGGCAACACCCGAAGAAUGGACAAGGACAAUGCCCUUGGCCCGGCCCAUCGCCCGUUGCCGGACACUAACACCCCCCUGCCUUUCAAUGGACAGUCGCCUCUGUCGCAGCCCAUCUCUCCCACCUCGCAUUCUGCCGACUUCUUCAACCCGCAGAACGAAGCUUCAAACCACCUCCGCGAAAAGUGGGCCAUGGAUACCUUGGACAGUCUCUUGGACUGGGUGUUGAACGGCUUCGGCUCCGUUGGCAUUCUUGAUGCCACAAAUUCCACCGUCAAAAGACGGCUCAAAGUCCUAAAGAGAAUCCAGGAAAGGACAAACGGAGAGUUGAAAGUCUUGUUCCUAGAGAGCAUCUGCUCGGAUCCGGCCAUUCUCGACACGAACAUCCGUUUGAAAUUAUCGGGGCCUGACUACAGGGACAUGGACCCAGAAAUAGCCUUGAAGGACUUCUUGGGCCGUUUGCGGAACUACGAAAAAGCAUAUGAAACCAUCGAUGAAGUCGAAGAGGCAACUCCUGGGUACCAGUACGUGAAAAUGAUUGACGUGGGGAAAAAGGUCGUGAGCUACAAUGUACAAGGCUUUUUGGCUUCCCAGACAAUUUACUUUCUAUUGAACUUCAAUUUGUGUGAGAGACAGAUCUGGCUUACACGCCACGGCGAGAGUGUGGAUAAUCUCAUCGGAAGAAUUGGCGGUGACAGUGGCCUCACGAAACGUGGCCGACAGUUCUCAAAGGCAUUGAACCGCUUUUUGAGCUAUCAAAGACGUGAGUUUCGCAAAAAGCAACUCGAACGAUUUUCGAGCAGACUCGAGCUCAGAUAUAACGAGCUUACUGGGAAACAAACUGGGAAGGGUGCUCUUCAAGAUAAUCAUCCGGUGGAAAUACCAACCGAACCAAACUUUUGUGUAUGGACGUCUAUGUUGGUGCGUUCUGUUGAGUCUGGAAAUUGCUUCAAUGACCAGGAAUAUAACGUCAAGGCUAUGAGAAUGCUCAACGAGCUCGGCGGAGGUAAGUUCGAUGGAAUGACAUAUGAUGAGAUUCGUCGGAAGCAUCCAAAGGAGUACGAGAGCCGCAUUAAAAAUAAACUUUCCUACAGAUACCCGGGUGUCGGCGGUGAGUCAUACCUUGAUGUUCUAGUGAGAUUGAGACCUUUGAUCAACGAAAUCGAAAGGACGACGGAUCAUUUGUUGAUCAUAUCCCACAGAGUUGUUUUGAGAGUUUUGUUGGCCUACUUCAUGAACUUGGACAAGUCAUCGAUUGUUGAAUUGGAUGUGCCAUUGCAUACGCUCUACUGUUUGGAGCUGAAUCCUUAUGGAACAGAUUACAAAAUGUUUGAGUAUGACGAAGAAACUGAUUGGUUCCGCAAAGUGGAGCCAGAACACCAAAAGAACGUGAAGGAAGUUGGUGUUAAUUUCAGAGAGAGAAAGUACUCGGUCAUUCCAACUGCGCCUCCACUGCUGGGAAAAAGCAGAAAAGAGGUUGCCGUGGACUCAAUAUCAGGAGGUCGGCAGCCUGCCGUCCAUUUCAGUAUCCGAGCUAGUCUUGGCCAAGGCCUGGAAGAGAAAAGGAAUGACGAAGAGAGAAUAUUGAGUCUCAACUCUUCGUCCUCGCGAAAGCUCGCAGACUUGAACAAGAUGCGCAUGCCCUAGAAGUAACCUUGCAGGCAUCAGGGAAGCAUAAAGAGAGGUAACAACUACGGCCAAAAGAGUUACCUUAGUGGCAGGCGCGUGGAUAAUCAAAUGAAGUACCACAGAGGCAUACGAUGAUUGUAAGGUAGAGAUAGAAUAAUGGGAAAUUUCGUCCAUAGUUAAUAUUUUGCAUAAAUCACCACUCGAGUAAGCCGUCAUU